UUGGGGGGGUUGCGGGAUGUUGGUUGUUUAGGAGCGAACAUGGACGCCAAAGGAUAGCACCCUUUUCCCUUUCUAACCCAAAUAGAGAGCAGUUCUCUGUGUUUUUCAUUUUUAAUAUAAAUAGGGAGCGAGAGGAGCCAUGGCUCGACUGAGUCCUUCAUGAAGGACUUGGUUAAAGUUUGCUCCACAAGUCUCGGACCUGAAGGGAGGACGCAGGAGACCCACAACAGGGCCACCGGGAACAACAUGCUCCUGGCCUCCGCGGUGGUGGUGUGGGAAUGGCUGAACGAACACGGGCGGUGGCGGCCCUACAGCCCCGCCGUCUCCCACCAGAUCGAGGCGGCCGUCCGGAGCAGCGACCCCCGCGGAGGGAGCGUGGUCCUCGGCCAGGUGGACAGCAGACUGUCGCCCUACAUCAUCGACCUGCAGUCCAUGCACCAGUUCCGGCAGGACACAGGAACCAUCCGUCCGGUCCGGAGGAGCUUCUAUGAUCCCGCCUCGGCCCCGGGUCAGGGCUGGCAGUGGGAGUGGGAGAACGACGCCGGCACGUGGACUCCGUACGACAUGGAGGUGGCCAUCGCCAUCGAGAGCGCCCACAGCCGGCAGCAGGCCUGCCUGGACCUGACGCCGCUCGGCUUCUGCUACCUCAUCGACUAUAAGAACAUGACCCAGGUGAACAGACAGAGCCAGAGGUGUCGCAGAAUCCAGCGCCGUGCGGACCUGACCUACCCGCUAGUGGCCGGCCCGCUGCCUCUACCCAAAGGAGGUGGCGUCGGAGGAGGCGGGGGGCUAACGGGAGCUCUGCUCGGCGUUGGGGUUUCGGGGGCCAGCAUGGGAGUUGGGAGUUAUGUCACCUCUAAUGGAAGUAUACCAGUUCCCAGUCUGGGCCAGCCCUGUUCCUGCCAACAGUGCAUGCUGGUCCUGAGUGUGAAGUCCAGUAUGGGAGCAGGGGGAGUGGGGGUCCAGACUCUGGGUCGGCGCUCAUUAACCGUACAGCGACCGAAGAACUCGUCAGCCCCCAGCUCCAAACCUCUGAGUCCAUCUAAAUCUGCCACACUGGGCCGGGGUCAGCUGCAGAACCUCAGCUACUACCAGACGCUGCCGCACGGCCUCGCCAUCACCAAGAACACCGCCACGGCCCGACAGAACGCCCAGCUCUUCGCCCAGUCGCUCGCCGCCCUCACCGUUGGCACCUCCUCCAUGACCGUCUCGGCCCCGUCAAACAGACCACCUCCCCCGUCCCUCCCGCCGCCGCAGCCCCCUUCCUCCAACCCUCCGUCCAUCCCCCCCAAACUCUCGUCCUCCGCCAACGAGCCGGUGCCGACCGCCACGUUGGUCACCCCCGCCAGCAGAGUUACCACGCCUCCCUCUCCAGUGCCAUCGCCGUCGCCGAUGGUGAUGAAGCCGCAGCGCGCGCCGACGGUGUGCCACGCCCCGUUACCGCAGCGGUCGAGCCUGGCCGGGUUGAGCAGGCCGGCGCUGCAGAGGAUCGCCAUGGCUCAGUCCAGAGCACUGAUUGCAUCCGGCGUUCCCACCGUCCCAGUGAAAAAUCUGAACGGAUCCAGUCCGGUCCAUCCGGCGCUGGCUGGGAUUACAGGAAUCCUGAUGAGUGCUGCCGCUCUGCCAGUGUGUCUGACCCGGCCUCCCAAACUGGUUCUGCAUCCUCCACCCGUCAGCAAGAGCGACAUUAAACCAGUGCCAGGCUUCAGCCACUGCUGCAGUAAAACUACCAAGAAACAGGCUCGAAAAGGUAAAACUCCGGAGGAGGUGGUCAAGAAGUACCUGCAGAAAGUCAAAAGUCCACCAGAGGAGGACUGUACCAUCUGCAUGGAGCCUUUGGGGGGACCGUCUGGGUACAAAGGUCCAGGUGUGGGUCCAGUUUCGAAGGCGGAGUCCGUGGGUCGGUUAGCCCAGUGUGGACAUCAGUACCACUUCCAGUGCCUGGUGGCCAUGUAUAAUAACGGCAACAAGGACGGCAGUCUUCAGUGUCCCACCUGCAAAACCAUCUACGGCGUGAAGACGGGCAACCAACCGGCAGGGAAGAUGGAGUACCAUGUCAUCCCUCACUCUCUACCGGGUCACCCCGACUGUAAAACCAUCCGCAUCAUCUACAACAUCCCACCUGGGGUUCAGGGACCAGAACAUCCGAAUCCAGCGAAGCCCUUUACCGCCAGAGGCUUCCCGAGACACUGCUACCUCCCAGACAGUGAGAAGGGACGCAAGGUUCUGAGGCUGCUCCUGGUGGCGUGGGACCGCAGGUUGAUCUUCUCCGUCGGCACUUCGAGCACCACGGGAGAGUCCGACACCGUCAUCUGGAAUGAGGUCCAUCAUAAAACCGAGUUCGGCUCCAACCUGACGGGCCACGGCUUCCCCGACCCGGGACACCUGGACAACGUCCUGGAGGAGCUCCGCGCUCAGGGCAUCACCGAGGAAGAUGCACUAGUGGAAAAGUGAGAAACCUAAUCGAAGAAGAGGAGGAGGAGGAGGUCCUGGACUGAGGAGAAACUCUGCCAGCACUUAGAACCGAGUCCAGAUGUGGACGUUAUUUUUGUUUUGGGGAGCUAAACGCCCGAGAGGAUGAGCGUUGACGUUCAAUGCAAGUUUGUUCAGACGUCAAAACUUUGAAGCCAAUGGAGGAGGAAGGAGGUUUGCGAAAACAAAAGUACAACCAGACUAAUGAGGAGGAGGAGGAGGCCAGUGGCUCGUAGUUUUAGCUACUAAAAAAACAAGAGUGAGAAUGAGUUGGUACUAACAUCCAGAAUGAAAACAAGUUAACUUUACUGAGAGAGAAUUAAAGACGGUACAAAGCAGCAAAAAAUGGGAUUAAAGAGGGAAGAAGAAGAAGAGGAGGAGGAAGAGGAGGAGGAAGAGGGUAGCAGCUGGAGUGGAGAUGGUGUACGGAUGUAGUUUAGGAUGGCAGGACAGUAAAAAUCACUUGUUCGGUACUUUUCCCGGUACUUUCUUUGUUCAUGGCCUUCGUGUUUGUGGGGAUUCUGCGCCCCCUGCUGGCUGUUUUGAGGCGCUGCAGCUCCCAAGAGUUAUUUUUAUUUUAAUCCUCAUUUAUUCAUUCAACCUUUAUUUAAACAGGUUAGUUCCACUGA